CACUCAGUCAGAAUGCUGGUAUUUCCGACAGCACGUUAAGGCAGCGCUUGUAGAAGUGAAGUGCAGCUCUGACCCAACAAAACUCCACGGAACAAACAAAAGUUAGGAAAAAGUAAUUAUGACAGCCAAAGGGAAUACAGCUACAGCGACUUACGCAGCCUUGCUUCUGCUGCUUUGCGUGUGUUCAGUCAGAGGCGACUACUGUGAGGUGAAUUCUUGCCACAAUGGAGCUACAUGUGUGACAGGAGUAGGAGAGGAUCCUUUCAUCUGUAUCUGUGUAGACGGCUUUGGUGGAGACACCUGUAACCUUACAGAGACAGGACCAUGCAGUCCUAACCCCUGUAAGAAUGACGGUUCUUGCGAGGUCAUCGCUCCGACCAGACGAGGAGAUGUUUUCAACGAAUACGCCUGCAGGUGUCCGCCCGGCUUUCAAGGAGUGCACUGCCAAAUUAAUGUGAAUGACUGUGCCAAAGAGCCCUGUAGAAAUGGAGGGACCUGUCGGGACCUUGAAGGCGACUACACCUGCCAGUGCCCGUCACCGUAUGUUGGGAAGCAGUGCCAGCUACGUUGUAUUUCUCUGCUGGGUAUGGAAGGAGGAGCAAUUGUGGAGUCUCAGAUUUCUUCGUCCUCUGUGCACUAUGGUGUUCUUGGUCUCCAACGCUGGGGCCCCGAGUUGGCCCGACUCAACAACCAAGGCAUUGUCAACGCCUGGACAUCCGCCACCCACGACAGGAACCCUUGGAUUGAGAUUAACGUGCAGAAGAAGAUGCGUCUAACGGGCAUCAUCACUCAGGGAGCCAGCCGCAUGGGUGCAGCAGAGUACAUCAAGGCCUUCAAAGUGGCGAGCAGCCUGGAUGGAAUCGGCUACGUCACCUACAAAGGAGACGGCGUACGAAGAGACAAGGUGUUUGUGGGGAACACUGACAAUGAUAGCACAAAGACCAACCUUUUUGACCCUCCCAUCGUGGCCCAGUACAUCCGCAUCAUCCCCGUGGUCUGCCGCAGGGCCUGCACCCUGCGCAUGGAGCUGGUGGGCUGUGAGCUAAAUGCUUUUGAUUCAGUUUAUUCAAACACGACAGGUUGCUCCGAGCCUCUGGGAAUGAAAUCUCGGCUCAUCUCAGACGACCAGCUUUCAGCCUCUAGCACUUUCCGCACGUGGGGGAUCGAUACCUUCACCUGGCACCCUCAGUUCGCCCGGCUGGACAAGGCGGGGAAGACAAACGCCUGGUCUCCCGCUCAAAACAAUCGCUCGGAGUGGAUCCAGGUGGACAUUGGUAAAACAAAACAGCUCACAGGCAUCAUCACUCAGGGUGCGAAAGACUUUGGGGUGGUGCAGUUUGUUUCAGAGUUUAAAGUUGCAUACAGCAAUGAUGGAGAGUCGUGGAGUGUCGUUAAAGAUGAGAAGACUAGCGGAGAUAAGAUUUUCCAGGGAAACACUGACAACAACACUCACAAGAAGAAUGUGUUCGAGCCCCCGUUCUAUGCUCGAUAUGUCCGAGUCAUCCCCUGGGAAUGGCACGAGCGCAUCACUCUACGCAUGGAGCUGCUGGGCUGUGAUGACUAAACCAACAGGACCACUCAUCCAGCUGAUCUUCCCUCAUCCAUUUCUUCCACAAACUGUGGAACGUAGAUCUCAUGUUUAGCACUGUGUGGAGAUCAUGUCUGACCUUUAACACUUGUAGCACUUUCUCAUUAGUGACUUUUUAUGUUUACAUGGCUACACUAUUUGAUAUUCCAGCCUUUGGAGACUUACACAAAGCUCCUCGGAUUCUUUGUAGCUUUAGUAGCUUUGUAUGUAUUAAAAAUGUCUUUAAUUAGGGUAAUUUACAGCCUGUGUUGAUUUGUUUUAGUUGUUAACAACAUGCACAUACAGAUACUUAACUUCACACUUUGGCUAUUUCUUACUUAUGCACAAACCUGCAAAAUGAUGGAGGACAUGUGAGAUAAAGAGCAUUCUUUGGUAUUUACUACCGCCCCAGAAAAAAAAAAACAGAUAAGAGGAGAAUGUCCAUUGUGAAACAGCUACGAUACAUAAACUGGUAUUGAACAGAUGUUUGCAGUUUUCUCAGUUGAUGCUUUUUAUGUAAUUUACAUAAUUUUCUGUGUAACUAAUGUGUAAUUGUGCUUUAAUUUGAUUACUUGUAAAACACAUGUGAAAUAUAUUGAAAAUGUGCAAAACAAAUUGGGAGAUUUUUCAUAUGUUUCUUUUUUUAACUCGUUGUGGGUCAGGAACUAAGAUUGUUAAUAAAUUUUAACAUAAUCUC